AUGAGUUCUUCGGAGGACGAUGCACCACUCAUGCGCGCCAAUGGACGUGGUAAAGCGCUUCUCACACUUCUAGUUCCUUCAAAUCCCAGCGAGGUCCAGAUGGCGGACGCCCCUGCUACGAACGGCCAUGUGGAUCCUGGAAUAUCAAUCCGAUUCGGGCCCGUCGAGGACAAAGACGUGAAAAUGGAGGACGCAGAAGGCGAUGCGCUGGUUGCUACCAAGCGCAAAUCUCGGUCCAGUGUGGGCGAGAAAAAGUCCUAUGCGGAAGCGGAAAGUAGCGAAGAAGAUGAGCCAUUGAGCAAACGCCGCCGUACGUCCGUGAAGCAUGAAGACCCUGAAACCGAUGACGAUGUGCCCUUGGCGCUCAACGGACGAAAACUCCCCAAGCCUGCGGAAACAUCCAUCGGAGAAGCGUCCGAUUCCGACGUUCCCAUUGAACGCAAGCUUGCUGCACAAAAAAUGAAAAUCGAAAAAACCGCAGAGAAGGAGGCCAAAGUUGCGCGCAAACCUGCUGCGGCCAAGAAACAAGUCAAUGGUAUCAAAAAGGAGCCAGCUGCCAGCAAAGCUGCCCCUAAGAAGCCAAAGGCUGAACCUGCCACCAAGAAGGGUAAAGCUAAAACCGCGGUGAAGGCUGAAAGCCAGGAUGCCGAAGAAAAGGAGGACGAGGAGAAUGAGUACCGCUGGUGGGAGGACCACACCAAGAACGAUGGAACCAUCAAGUGGACCACUUUGGAACAUAACGGUGUAGUUUUCCCUCCUGAGUACGAAGUGCUGCCGGAGAACGUCAAGAUGAAGUAUGAUGGGGUUCCGAUCUCUCUUCAACCCGAGGCCGAAGAGGUUGCUGGCUUCUUUGGAUCCAUGCUGAACUCAACUCAUAACGUGGAGAACCCUGUAUUCCAGAAGAAUUUCUUCGGUGAUUUCAAGGAUAUCAUCAAGAAGACUGGUGGGGCGAAGGAUCCCAAGGGAAACAAGGUGGACAUCAAGGAGUUUGCCAAAUGCGACUUCAAGCCCAUCUUUGAGUACUAUGAUGCUCAACGUGAAGAGAAAAGGAACCUGCCGCCAGCGGAGAAAAAGGCUGCCAAGGCACUCAAAGAUGAGCAAGAAGCCCCCUACCAGUAUUGCAUAUGGGAUGGUCGCAAGCAGAAGGUGGGCAACUUCCGCGUGGAACCGCCUUCUUUGUUCCGAGGCCGUGGUGAACACCCCAAAACUGGACGAGUCAAGACGCGCGUACAACCCGAGCAAAUCACUAUCAAUAUUGGCAAGGAAGCGACGGUUCCGCCACCUCCCCCCGGUCACAAGUGGAAAGAAGUGAAGCACGACCAAGAAGGCACUUGGCUUGCCAUGUGGCAGGAAAACAUCAAUGGUAACUACAAGUACGUCAUGCUGGCUGCCAACUCGGACGUCAAGGGCCAAAGCGACUACAAGAAAUUCGAGAAAGCCCGUGAGCUGAAGAAGCACAUUGAGAAAAUCCGCAAGGAUUAUCAGAAGAACCUCAAGCACGACAUGAUGGUGGAACGACAGAAGGCCACAGCUGUCUACCUUAUUGAUCAAUUUGCCCUACGUGCUGGAAACGAGAAAGGCGAAGAUGAGGCCGAAACCGUCGGCUGCUGUUCUCUGAAGUACGAGAACGUUACACUGAAGCCCCCCAACACCGUUGUCUUCGAUUUCUUGGGUAAAGAUAGCAUUCGGUUCUAUGAUGAAGUACAGGUCGAUCCACAGGUCUUUAAGAACCUGAAGAUCUUCAAAAAGGCUCCCAAGAAGAAUGGUGACGAGAUUUUCGACCGCCUUACGACUUCUGCCCUCAACAAGCACCUUGCCAACUACAUGCCUGGUCUGACGGCCAAGGUUUUCCGUACCUACAACGCGUCUUAUACCAUGGGUUGCGUUCUCGGCGAGAUGACUGCUACUGGUGGCAUGACAAUCGCUGAGAAGGUGAAGGCGUACAACGAUGCCAAUCGCAAGGUUGCCAUCUUGUGUAAUCACAAGCGUACUGUCACUGCCAGCCAUGCCAAUGCAAUGGAAAAGAUGGGUGAACGGAUCAAGGGACUUCGUUAUCAGAAGUGGCGGCUGAAGCAGCAGAUGCUUGACCUGGAGCCGACUCUGAAGAAGAAGAAGGGCGCGGCAUUCUUUGAAAUUGAUGAGGAUCUUGAUAAAGAAUGGAUCGAAGAACACCAGGCCUUCUUGAUAGAGGAGCAGCGAACAAAGAUCAACAAGAAGUUCGAGAAGGACAACGAAAAGCGCGUUGCCGAUGGCGAGAAGGAGAUGAAGGCAUCCGAACUCGAGGAGCGCCUGCAGGUCAUCAAAGAGAUGGAAAAGAAAUUUAAGAAAGAGAAUAAGACUGGCAAGGUUGAGGUUGAAGCCCGCGGCGCCACUGUCGAGAAACUGGAGAAUGCCAUUGCCAAGAUUGACCAGCGGGUCGAAACGAUGUCCGUUCAGGCACAGGACAAGGAGGACAACAAGGAGGUUGCCUUGGGUACCUCGAAGAUUAACUACAUCGACCCUCGUCUCACUGUCGUCUUCAGCAAGAAGUUCGACGUUCCCAUCGAGAAGCUCUUCUCCAAGGCGCUGCGUGAGAAGUUUGAGUGGGCCAUCAAGUCCGUUGAUGAGGACUGGGAAUUCUAG